AUGACAUAUCUACAACUACUCAUCCACGAUUUCCUCACCCUACUAGCCAGUUAUAGCCCCGUGUGUCUCAUCACCCAACCAGCCAGUUACAGUCCCGUGUGUCUCAUCACCCAAUCAGCCAGUUACAGCCCCAUGUGUGUCAUCACCCAACCAGCCAGUUACAGCCCCGUGUGUCAUCACCCAACCAGCCAGUUACAGCCCCAUGUGUCUCAUCACCCAACCAGCCAGUUACAGCCCCGUGUGUGUCAUCACCCAACCAGCCAGUUACAGCCCCGUGUGUGUCAUCACCCAACCAGCCAGUUACAGCCCCGUGUGUGUCAUCACCCAACCAGCCAGUUACAGCCCCGUGUGGAUCAUCACCCAACCAGCCAGUUACAGCCCCGUGUGUGUCAUAACCCAACCAGCCAGUUACAGCCCCAUGUGUGUCAUCACCCAACCAGCCAGUUACAGCCCCAUGUGUGUCAUCACCCAACCAGCCAGUUACAGCCCCGUGUGUGUCAUAACCCAACCAGCCAGUUACAGCCCCGUGUGUCUCAUCACCCAACCAGCCAGUUACAGCCCCGUGUGUGUCACCACCGAACCUGCCAGUUACAGCCCCAUGUAGAUCAUCACUCAACCAGCCAGUUACAGCCCCGUGUGUGUCAUCACCGAACCUGCCAGUUACAGCCCCAUGUGUGUCAUCACCCAAUCAGCCAGUUACAGUCCCGUGUGGAUCAUCACGCAAUCAGCCAGUUACAGCCCCGUAUGUGUCAUCACCCAACCAGCCAGUUACAGCCCCGUGUGUGUCAUCACCCAACCAGCCAUUUACAACCCCGUGUGUGUCAUCACCCAACCAGCCAGUUACAGUCCCGUGUGUGUCAUCACCCAACCAGCCAGUUACAGCCCCGUAUGUGUCAUCACCCAACCAGCCAGUUGCAGCCCCGUGUGUGUCAUCACCCAACCACUCAGUUACAGCCCCGUGUGUGUCAUCACCCAACCAGCCACUUACAUCCCCGUGUGUGUCAUCACCCAACCAGCCAUUUACAACCCCGUGUGUGUCAUCACCCAACCAGCCAGUUACAACCCCGUGUGUGUCAUCGCCCAACCAGCCAGUUACAGCCCCGUGUGUGUCAUCACCCAACCAGCCAUUUACAACCCCGUGUGUGUCAUAACCCAACCAGCCAGUUACAGCCCCGUGUGUGUCAUCACCCAACCAGCCAGCUACAGCCCCGUGUGUCAUCACCCAACCAGCCAGUUACAGCCCCGUGUAGAUCAUCACUCAACCAGCCAGUUACAGCCACGUGUCUCAAGCGCACAGAUGUUUUAUUUGACUCUAGUUUUGUAUUACAUAAUUUGCAAUACUUUUAUUAA